AUGGAACUUGCUAACCCCUCUCCAUUUAGUAACCUUCCCAUUGAGAUUGCCCUCAUCGUCUUCACAUAUGCGGCCAAGCCGACAUUUUCUCAAGAAGAGAAAUAUGAUGAUAAGAGUCCCUAUUCCACUGCCGUCUCCCUAUGUCUCGUCUCUCGACUUGUGAGACGCACCAUCUUCCCCGAAUUCCUGCACACGAUCUUGCUUCGCCGACCCAACAGCGUGAAUAUGUUUGAAAAUGCUCUGCGUAUGCAGAAAGCGUACGCUGAGAAAGAAAGCGAUCUCGUAUUUGACUAUAUCUCCGCUAUAAAGAGGAUGUGGAUCGAUGACUUGUCGUAUCGUGGAAAUUUUCAGUCCGAUCAGGACACGAACGUGCUGGUUCCAGUGAUACUUGCUACGCCGGCACUUGCAAUUAACUCCUACCAAUUAUUGCGUGUGAUGUAUAGCGUGCAAAAAGCAUGGGAUUUCUAUACAGAUCCCAAUGUCAGCGGACCCUCCCCCUUUCCUGGAAAACCCAAAAGUCUGACAUUAACAGAACUCGAUGUCAACUCCGCGUUCUUCCACAGCAUUACGAAAGGAUUCAUUUUCCUUACAUGGAUCACCCAUAUCACUUGCCUCGCCGAUUUGCAGGGGGCUUCAAACAGUUUUUGUGACACCCGUAGGGGCUUACCAUCUCCAGAACAUCCGCUACGUAUUUGGAUACGCGCCAUUCCGUGGGCUUCGAUGAAAGACCCAAAAACAUUUUCAAUAGUUUACCCGCACCUGACUGCCCACUACGAUAACAAUUCAUAUAUCGAUCGCACAAGGGGAGUACAUGUGCAUGUGGAGCAAUUCACAGUGCCUGCUGCCCCGUACAAGCAGGACCCCCCUAACUCUAGAUCGUGGAGGGCAGUGCUGCUUUCUGUGAAGGAUAAGAAGAAGGUAUUGGAUGGUCUUUCCUUCAAGGUUACGCGGGAUCAGAUGCACUUGACACAGGUUUUGUGCUCGUGGGAUAAAGCUUGGGCCUCCGGAUUAAUCGACGGAUGA